AUGGCGGCGGCCCCGGUCCUUGCCAGCGGUGGUGGCCCGGUGGCGCGGCUGCGCCUGCUGUGCCAGCGCUACCAGGAGUACGUGAGGCGGCACCCGGCCGCCACGGCCCAGCUGGAGGGCACCGUGCGGGGUCUUUCCUACCUGCUGCCAGGUCGCUUCUCGGACUCCCACGCGCUGUCGGAGCUGGUGUACUCUGCCUCCAACCUCCUAGUGCUAUUAAAUGACUGGAUUCUCCGAAAGGAGCUGCAGCGGAGCCUGCCCGUGUCGCUGCCCCAGCAGAAGCUGCUGACCUGGCUGAGUGUGCUAGAAUGCGUGGAGGUCUUUGCAGAGAUGGGGACAGCCAGGGUAUGGGGGGAGAUGGGCCGGUGGACCAUCAUUGUGCUCAUCCAGCUGGCUAAAGCGAUCCUUCGUCUCCUGCUCCUGCUGUGGUACAAAGCUGGCAUCCAGACGUCUCCUCCCAUUGUGCCGCUGAACAGGGAGCAGCAGCAGCCUCUCCACCCCCAAGACAUGGAAGACAACUCAGGGAAGGAUCAGACCUAUGUUGGCAGGCGUUCCAGCCGUGUUGUGCGCUCUCUCCAGAGCACCCCGUCCCUGCAUUCCCGGCACUGGGGGUCCCCCCAGCAGAGGGAGGAGUCGCAGAGCCGAAGAGCAGAGGAGAUGAACCAGCCUCCCACCCCUCUGGGUCUCCAAGAAACCAUCGCAGAAUCCAUCUACAUUACCCGCCCUCUGCUCCAUCUAUUGAGUUUAGGAGUGUGGGGCCAGAGAUCGUGGAAACCCUGGCUCCUCUCAGCAGUCCUGGACAUCUCUAGCCUGAGCUUGCUGAGUGAUCUGAAAGACCUGAACAGGCGAGAGCGAGCAGAGCUGAGGCGACGAACUAUCCUACUGCUGUACUACCUGCUGAGAUCUCCUUUCUAUGACCGAUACUCAGAGGGCAGGAUUCUUCUCCUUCUGCGCUUGUUGGCUGAUUACGUGCCUGGAGUUGGCUUUGUCACACGGCCACUGAUGGAUUACUUGCCUGCUUGGCAGAAAAUCUAUUUCUAUAACUGGGGCUGAUGAGAAGAUAAUUAUUCUCUGCUAAGAUCAUGGCUGGACAUUUCUAAGGAGGGCAAGCAGGCUGGGGGAGGGAUGUUGAUAAUAUCUAAUUUUCAGUUAAACCAUCAAGGAGAAGCUCUGGUUCUGCAGGGUGGGGAGGGGGAUGUAUGUAAUUUUUUAAACAGAUCUGGCUGUGAAUGAUGGACGCUACAUGCAUGGAGAGACCUUGGCCACCUCUUUCUCUGGACUGUUCUGCAGCUGCAGCGAUGGUGAUGGGACAACCUCUUUGGUUUUUAAGCACUUGAUUUUUCUCCUUUUGUACAGCUGCACUAUAAUAAAGCCAGGCAGCAUAGUGUUUUUUGGAGAGCGUUGUCUCCCACCUCAUGGCACUGAGAGUGACCUGGAGCCUGCUUGUGUUGGCCGUGCCUGGCCCAUCUGCUUGGAGCGGGCUUGUCUGUCAAAUAAACUGA